AUGGCAGACUGAGGAUUUCCACGGGUUUCAUAGGCAGCUAGUUGUGGAUCAGACUGCAAUUCAUUGUCAUGCUGCUGGAAGUGGAAAAGAAAACUGGUUUGUUGACGGUGUCCCCUCAAAAUAGUGACAGGCGACUUGUUUUUGUGAAAUACUUGCACACGGGAAGAUGAACACAUUUAAAUGGCCACUUCACUAAAAACGAGCAGGACUCCCUUAAUCCACAAUUCACAUCUUUAGCAAAACUUGAAACUGAUUGAGGUUGUUCUUGUCCUUUCCUACAGUGAAGGCGAUUUUGAAAACAGUAGCAUGUAGACAGCAGAGAAGGAGUAGAAAACUGCACAAAAUGCUUGGCCAGUAACUGAUUAAUACUAACAAGCUACAUCCAGUGAGUCAGCUUAGUAUGUACCAAACAAUAGGAACUGAUACUGUCAAUUUGUGUUUUUUGUUUGGUUAGUUUCCGGUUCGAAAGGGAACAGGUGAGUUUCUCUAGUAUAGCUUGUUAUUGUGUUGUGCAGAGUACUUUUACAUCAUUUUAGUAAAAGUGAGCUGGUGGGUUUGAGCUGCAGCGAGUGAAGAAAGAUGCGGGGGCUUUUAUCAAUGACUGGAGAGGGCAUAAGAAAUCCUAACACCGGAAACAUUUAGAGGAAAAUCUAAAUACCCUUAUUUUAGUUUUUAAUAAGGGUUAGACUUGUUAAGAUUUGUCUAAUCCUCGUGGAAGCGUCAUGCAUAAAACAACAGCAUAAAAGAGGGAAACGUCUCGGGGGGGUUAAUGCUUUUUCUAGGCAAUAUGGAUCUUGUUUUAAGCAGUUACAAACUAAAAUGUGUUUUGCACAAUUAAAAUCAUCAGAAUAUUUCAUGGUUUAUUCAUGGAUUUAUGGAUGAACACCUCCCAAAAAAGAAUUUGGAGAAGUAUUCCACAUGGACUUUACAAGUAGGUCAGCAGAAUAUCCCAUUAAGGAUAGGUUUUGCAAGGUUUUGCAGCUUCUGUCAGUCUGUUUCUCACCUGUUUUUAUUCUCUUUCUAAGCAUAAAACCAGGGAGGAGUCAGGUGUUGAAACUAUGGAUGUGAUCAGGAAGUCUCAGAGUCACAUCAGGGUCACAGGGGGAAUAUUUACCUUCAUUUACUGCCUGUAUAUUGAAAUAAAGCGCAGAACAGAUGGACAUGAAAUGAAAUGCCUGCCUGUGGGGAAGCUCACACCCUUUUGUCAAACAUCACAUCAACCUGUGUGAGCUGGGGACACCUGCUGGACUCUUCCUGCCAUUACAGCGCCGGUGGAUCAACGCCCAUGUCUGAAUUUUUCAUCAGUUUGAGAAAGAUGAAACCUCGAAUUCCUCACGAAGCAUCUGAAAUGAAAAGAGGGAAAGGCAGACCAAUAAAUACAUUUAAAAACAACACCACCUGCAGUGCUGCCUCCUCAUCCUUCCUCCCGCCGCAUCAGAUCCUCCUCAUCUUUACGCACAGAUCCGCCUCCUCUCCUGCGCUCCUGUCCGGAGACUCCAGCGCAUCCAGCAGCCGCAGCAGACCUGUGGAGGAGCUACAAACUCUCUGGGCCUUUUAUUUCACCACCACAGCAAGAUGGGAAUUGCAGGAGCGGUUUGUGACAACCCUGCAGGCGCACAGUAAGUGAACAGAACCAUCGUUCGAUGAGUUUCUACACCUGAGAGAAGCAGGAAGAGGAACCAUGAUCGACCUGAGCCACCUGACAGAGGAGGAGCAGGGGGUGAUAAUGACGGUGCUGAAGAGGGACGCCGAGCUGAAGAAGGCCGAGGAGGAGAGAAUCAGGAAACUGGAGGAAAUACUGAACAGUGAAACGCAGUCAGACACCAACCUCAAGUACAUGACAGGAGAGUGGUUUUAUGAGGCCAAGUCCCGCCGACACCAGGACAAGAUCCACGGCUCAGAGAUCAUUCUGGCCUCCAUGAAACAGGGGAAAGCGAUUGGUUUCGAUGGAUCUCUCAGACUUGACAGAUCCAAGACGCCCAGCAGUCGAGGCUCAGAAAAUGUUGCUCCAGUGAAACCUGCCAGAUGUUGGGAAGGAUUACAGCCACCGGAGAUCAAUGAUGCAGAAAAAGAGAAUCGAAUUUCAACUUUUCGCUCCCCAAGAACGCCAAGGCAAAACCCUUUUAACCAUCCUUCCCUUAAUAUUUUUGAGCCUCCUGAAUAUAACCAUGACUUCUCAAUCAUUCGGGACAAAGAGUCUCCAGAGAGAGAGCCCAUCUCUCCGCCGAAGAACCAGCCAGCCGGUGAAACCAGCCAGACUUCAGGCGGCUCCGUCACAUCAGAGGGAUCCUCUGUCGGUUUCAGGCCGGUGCCAAAGAAGAGGACGUUUCUCUCAAGACGCAAUCAAACAGAAAGCAGCGGUGUGGGGUCAGACGCUCAGGUGGGGUCAGCUGGGACUGUUCCUGCCCCGAGACAGAGCCUCCAGCGGGGGUCCAGCGGCAGCUCGAGCCAGUCCUGCCCCAAGAGCCAAGAAGAAAUGUCCCAGAAAGGUGCAGUUUCUAAUCAGGAAUCUCAGUCUGCUGAGGAAAAUUCCCUGCAGCUGCCGAAUGAUAUUCCUCAGGUUUCCUCCAAUUCAAAUAUGGAGAGAGAAAGAAAACCACCUUUUAUAACAAGACAGCACUCCAGAAGCGAUGUAUCCACUAAGAGACAAAUGCUGCAUACGAGAGAAGAACAGGACGAUCAGACCCAAAGAGAUCAUCCAGCUUUGCACCUUGUCGCCCAAAACACCAGCAACACACAGGACCAACAAUAUAACAGUAGUGUGGGAACAACAAUUAGGCAGGAGGAGCUGAGUUUGCCCCAAAGCACUGUGGACCAAGAUCCUCCCACAUCUUAUGAUCUCAGUUUUAUUGAUCAGCAAACCCAGAGGUCAAACCAGGCACAUAUCUUUAAAUUAUCCACUCAGGCCACCAGUCCUACCGGUGAUGAGGAGGACUCCAUUAAUAAGGUGCUGGACUGGUUCAGUCGCAGUAUGGACAGCGGCGAUUGGCUAAAUAUUGAAGAUGCUCCAAAGAGCUCAAACAAACAUGUGGAAGUCAGUAAAUCACAAGGUGAAGACGCCGGGGCUGACAGAAAGACAGACAAGAGGAGUCAUUUGCAAAGACAGAGCAGUGAAGAUAAAAAGUUAAGGGCAACAGACAGAAGAAGCAGCAAAGAACUGAUGGAAACACAAGAUGAGGUUGAUAUUAGAGGAAGAAUUCACUCACAGGAUGUAGAAGAUAAUGUUGAUGAAAGUCAAACACCUAAUAUCUCUCAUCUGAAGUCGUUGUGGGAGAAAAGCAGCACAGGCCCUAAAAUACUUAUUGGCAACAAAGGACGAAAACCUGCUCAACUCUUAGCAGAGAAACAGUCCAAUGUGUCCUCUACUCCUGGAAUAUACAGUGAGAAGGAAGUUCAUGAUGAUUACACCUCGAAUCAAAGUGAUGAAAGAGAGCAUCAGCUGGUGAUCAGUCCACAGAUGGACGUGGUUGACGAUCUUUACUUCCACCAGCAAGUUAACAAUCUUCAAUCAUCUGAAAGGAACAAUAAUGACUCAGAAUACAGCUCAGAUUAUGUAAAGCUGAUGUCCAGUCCCCAAGAGUCUGAUAAUGAGAUUUUAUUAACCAGGUUCAAUCCAUCUGCACAGACGGUCGUCGAUCCGGAGUCUGAGAGCAUCUCUUUUGUUGAACCAAAUCUGCACUCUGAAUCAAGAGAAGAAAUCCUGCAAGAAAACAUGUCAAAAACUGUUCCUGUGUCUCAGAUCGAUAAGGAUUUCCAAACAGAGAAGCUUUGUUUGUCCAAAAACAGCCAGAAUGUAGAGUUUAAACAAGGUGGGAGUGAAGGCCAGGUCAGAGGCAGAGAUUCAAGUGAAGACAUAAAGAGGAGGGACAAUGAGGAUAAAAGUACACCUCCUAGGAGAAAAGAAGAUGUGUCCAAUAAGAGAGGAUAUCAACAUCAAGAAAGUACAGCAGAGAGGAUCCAGCAGCUCAAGGCUUUCUGGGAGAAGGAGAGAAACAAGCCAAUGUUCUACACUGGCAAACCUAAACCUCUCGGUGAUGGUAAAGUUGCACGUGGAGCAAAUCAGGCAAAACUGAACAAAAGAUUCACAAAGUCAGAGUUCGAUCUAACAUCACUUGGAAACGAAUUAGGUAGCGAUGAGGAAGACACUUACAGAAAUCAUCCAAAUUUCACUAUCCUCCCGUUAAAUCAACGAUUGGAGAGGCUGUCCCCAAGUCUUGGCACAAGCCGGAGACAGUUUAACACCCUGCGUGACUUCUGGGAUGAAGCCACGUCCGACUCUAAGGGAUCGUUUCCCUUUGACAAGCCCAAGAGCCCCAAAAGAAAAGAGCUGCUAAGUGUCCAGCUUUCAUCUCUGGAGCUAAAGAGUGGCGACCCAGACGUUUACCGCCUAUCCUCCACUGUCGAAAAAACCAGAGCAGCUGCCACGAAAUCGUCUCCGCCUCCUCAAAAUCGAUCAAAGUCGCCUCACGACAGACAGACGGGGUCGGGGUCGAGAGCGCUGGGUGACAGCAAGAACAACCUGCAUAAUUACACGUCAGCUGAAGCGGGCCAGCAGAGGCAGUCAAGGAGGAGCUCAAAGGAGUCCAACAGAGAGUUCUCAAAACUGCACAGCAGUUCUGGAAAAGAAACCCGUCCUCCAAAAGGCAGAAAAGACAGCUUCGGCAACUCCAGCAGUCGUGGAAACUCUUUGCGUCGUGUAACGAGUAUGUUCGCUUUGAGUGUCGUGGAUGACAAAGAUCAGAGAGUGGAUGUGAGCCCAUUUCACUCCCAGAGCAGGAAGCCGAGACUGAACUCUGAGAAAGGACAGAGAAGAUCGUCAGAGGACGCUGAGACUUUGACUCCACGUGCUCGAGCGUUUGUCCCCAGAGAUUACCGCCAUUACCUGGGCAUGACCGAUACCACCGUCCACGCGUCACUCACCCCGACCCUGAAGGACGAAGGGUCAGAGGGCAAAUCUGGGUUUGAGGCUGACAUGAGUGGACCAGUAAGAGCCAGUACUCCAGUUAGCUCUGAGGAGCGUUACAGCAGGAAGGCCAGCAAGAUGAGCCAGCGCCCCCUGUGGGCCAAUUACAGCAGCUCAGACGCCGGACAGGAGUCGUCUCUGAGCAGCACAUCAGAAACCUGGUCCACCUCCAGGAACAGCUCAAAUCGUGAAAACGAUGUUGAUGAUCAGAAUCCUGUAAGGAAAGCGUUAUGGCGAGCAGAGACACGGCCCAAAAAUCUGGCUAAAAGCAUGGAGGACAUCACCGCUUCAUUAUCACCACGACAAGAAAGAAGACAAGACCCAAGUCCUGACCUCAGACGCAUAAGUGACGCUUCCACCAUCCCAUCUCCCUCCUCGUCCUUGUAUUCGGACCCAGACCACCUGAAGAAGAUGAGCAAAUCAGUUCCUUCGUUCUUACAGAAGGAGGACACUGAUGGAGACUCUGACACCAUUUAUGAGGACACUUACCACCGAAGAAGACUAAUGAUGGGCACCUCAAUGACUAACCUCACCAGCUCCUCUGGCUUGGCCUCUGUGUCGUCUCUGAGUGGGAGUGUGAUGACCAUGUACAGCGACUUUGGGAACGUGGAGGUGCAGGGAAACAUCCAGUUCUCCAUCAACUACAUCCAGAGGCUCAGAGAGUUUCACAUCUUUGUGGCCGAGUGCCGAGACUUGGCUGCAGUCGACCCGAAGAGAGGCCGAUCUGAUCCGUAUGUCAAAAGCUACCUGGUUCCUGACAAAGCUAAUCUUGGAAAGAGGAAAACAUCUGUGAAAAAGAAAACGCUUAAUCCGACGUUCAACGAGAUCCUCAGAUAUCGAGUUCGCAUGGAGUAUCUCAGGACCCAGACGCUCAUUCUCUCCGUUUGGCAUCACGACACGUUUGGCAGGAACAGCUUCCUGGGUGAGGUGGACGUGGAGCUGUCUAAGUGGGACUUCGACCACACCCAGAUGAAUUACUUGGCUCUGAAACCGAGGACAACAGCGACUGUAGCACCAUCAAAUGGCCGAGGAGAGAUGAGACUCGCUAUACGUUUCCUGCCACAAAUCACCCACAGUGAAGGUAUAGCUAAAGAUGGUCCCAACACCGGAGAGAUUCACAUUUGGGUGAAAGAAUGCAAGAACCUGCCUCUGAUCAGAGCCACCAUCGACCCAUACGUUAAGUGCUUUGUGCUGCCAGACACGAGCAGGAAAAGUCGGCAGAAGACUCGUGUGCUGCGGAGGACGGUGGAUCCGGUGUUUAACCACACGAUGGUGUAUGACGGCAUCACGGAGGCCGAUCUUACUGAGGCCUGCGUGGAGCUCACAGUCUGGGACCGAGACAGACUCGCCAGCAAUCUGCUGGGAGGCCUGAGGCUCGGUGGGGGAACAGGUCGGAGUUAUGGAGCAGUGGUGGACUGGAUGGACUCUAGUCCUUAUGAAGUGGCUCUAUGGGAGCGAAUGAUGGCUUCUCCAACUGAAUGGGUGGAGGAUGUUCUUCCACUGAGGAUCCUGAACUCAGCAAAAAACACGUCUAGAUAAGUAGGCUAUACCGAAUGUAUACAAAACUAUAUAUUUAUAUAUGCUAUAUAUAUUUUGCAGGUAAAAACUAUAUAAAUUAAUUUUUAUAAGGAUCCACUGCAUUGAUUGAAACUCAGUCAGGAAGAAUUUCAAAAGUCAGGUGAAAAUAAAAUGAAGGCACUGGAGAGAAAGGCUGGAAUCAACGAUGUGGCUGUCAUUUAGAGACACCUACAGAGCCUUCCAACAAAGCAAUUUUCUAUUAAGGUUGGCAUUGUCAACACUCCAGGAUGUCAACUGAAGCUCCUCAGGUUUUUAAAGAAAAGUGUGAUGAAAGUAGAAACAAAAACCUCUCUUUACAUUGAGCUGUGUAGAGAUUCAGACAGAAGAUUAGAAAACUUUAUAUGAGGGGAUAAAAAGAACUUUGGCCCAGUGAGAUCCAAAGAACUUCAGUAGAAGGCGACUGGACUUCUUUUUUUUUUGGUUCUUGGAGAUGUUCCAUCUCUCAUCCAAGAUGCUUCCAAGUUCUAACUGACUGAUGGGGAGUCCCAGAUUUCACUGUCAGAAAUAUAUCUAAAAAUAUAUCUGAAACUGGCUAUUAUGUUCAGGAAUGAUUAAGGAUGUUAAUGGUGGUGAAAAUGGCUGGGAAGAGGUUUCAAGAUUGUAUUAUAAGUACUUGAUAAUUAGUGUCUUAGACUGAGAAGAAUUUCCUCCAAACAUAACAUACCAGUGCUCUUCAGACCCAGCAAUGUUUUUAUACAAAUUCUGGUUCACCCUGAAGAUAAUGCACACCAACACAAGCUGAGCAGUGUUACAUGUGCAGUCCAGUUCUGCAAGGAGUGUACAGACCUAACACAGCAGAGCAGCUCCUCAGGACAAGACUCAGCAGUUCAGGAUCGCUUUAUCCACAUUUUGGACAAAGAUGUAGAUACGGAAAGCAUCUAUGUUUGACUGGAACAGCCAUCUCUAAAUAAAAGAGGUGAUCUCCAAGACCACUUAUUAGGUACUUAGAAUGCAGUCUGAAGCUCUCCCCACAAAGUUUCACCACCAUUAAAAUUUUAAGUUACCACUAACCUGGAAGUUUCACAACCAUUCACACCUUUGCACGCCACCAGCCAUUUAAGUUGGGGAUGACAGUACACAUCUGCACUGCAAAAACUCAAAAUCUUACCAAGUCUGUUUGUCUUAUUUUUAGUCAAAAUGUCUCAUCCCACUUGAUUUAAGAUAAAUUCACUUAACAAGAGACAUUUCAGCAGAUGGAGGGACUUGUUUUAAGACAAUGCAUCUUAAAUAUCUUGUUAAGUCAAACAAUCUUGAAAAGAAGUGAAACGUCUUCAAGAACCAAAAUAAGAAGUCUGGUUUCCUUCUAAUUUGAGAACUUGGAAUUAUGACCUGGGUGACACAGAUGCCUCAUUUGAUGCAGAUCUCCCUUAACUUACUUCACUUUGACCUGUUCUUGCCAAACAAUACGGAGGAUCUGUGUAAUGCAUGUUUCAUUGCACUGUGCCUUUUGGAAAAAUACCUUUAAAGUAUAUACUUUAUCUAUGAUACAUGACCUCAAACUGUCACUAUAGUCUUUAUUUAAGCAGCUGAAUCUUCUGAAACCAUGGGUUCUUAGACUAACACUAAUUUUGACAGUAUUGUUAUAAAUCUAAAUGAAUUGGACAGCAGAUUCAACUGCUUCUCUGAAUUUUAUUAACCUGAAGAUGAAUUAAAGAAACUUAACGCAGA